AUGACAACAUUACAAAAGGAUGAGGAUGGUACUUUCUCUAACACUGAACCAAAAAGGGUAAAAGUAUAUAUAUUAGAAAAUAAUGAAUGGAAGGAUACAGGUACUGGGUUUUGUACUGGUGAAGUGUCGACUGUGACUACAUUACCACUAAAUAUAGAUUCUGAUAAUGAUACAGAACAGAAAUCUGCAUUUUUAAUGGUUAGUAAUGAAGAAUUUCCUGCAAACAUUUUACUGAAAUCAAAAUUAGAAGGGAACAUUGAGUAUCAAAGACAAGAAGAAACACUUAUUGUGUGGAAGGAUCUCGAAGGCCACGAUAUUGCAUUAAGUUUUGAAGAGAGUCUCGGCUGCGAUAGAUUAUGUGAUUUUAUAGUACAAGUGCAAAGACAUAUUGCCAAAAACAUCUCGUUAGUAGCUGUUAGAUCGGGCGAUGAAGGUGUAGGUUCCAUACAUGAAAUUAUAACAGCACCAGUGUCUCUACCAGGUACUCAGAGUGAACAGAAUACCGAAACAUUGUAUGACUCUCUGAAAAUACUAAAUGAAAAUACGGCGUAUCAAUUUUUGAAAACUGAAACAGUAGAAUUUGUAUUGCAAAGUGAUUAUAUCAAGAUUUUAAUUAAUUGUUUUGAUAUUGCAGAAGAGAAUAGAGCUUUAAAAGAUUUAUUUUUAUUAAGUAAUAUUAUCAAGACUCUUAUCCUGUAUAAUCAAAGAGAUAUUCUGGAAUAUAUGGUGGAUGACGAUCAUAUUAUGGGUGUUAUCGGAAUAUUAGAAUAUGAUACUGAAUUUCCAAACGUUAAAUCCAACCACAGAGAAUAUUUAAAGAAGGGAGCUCCAACCUUCAAAGAGAUUUUACCUUUAGAGAAUCAAGAUUUGAAACUAGUCGUCAAAAAGUGUUUUAGAUUACAGUUUUUGAAGGAUGUUGUAUUAGUACGAUUUUUAGAUGAUCAUAAUUUUAAUUUAUUCAUGGAUAUUAUAUUGGAUCUACAGACAUGCAUAAUUGAUUUCUUAGAGGUUGAUCCAUUCUUGGAAAAUAUACUAAAACUGUAUGAUUUAAGAAAGGAGGAAGAAAAAGAAUUCACAGAUUUAGAAGAGAAAAGAAAUGACGGUAUAAAACUAUUACAUCAAUGUGUUCAAAUGUCAAAGAAUUUAGAAGAAAGAGAUAAGACUAAAUUUUAUAAGGCUUUGGUGAGGAUGGGUCUUUUCAAUGUUUUAAGUUAUGCAUUUUAUGUUGUAACCGAUCCAAAUAUUAGAAUUUUGGCAACUGAAACAAUUAUUACAAUUAUUGAACAUGAUAUAUUAUUAAUUCGCAAUGUUGCAUCUAAAAAUUCGAAGUUAUAUUCACGAAGAAAAUCCCCAUUACCAGGAUCUCAAACUUCUGAAGAUGGAUUAAAAAACCUGACUCCAAUGUCUGACGAAAUGAAACUAUUGAAAAUAUUAUCUAAAAUUUUAUUGACGGACAAAAAUCCUGGUUUAAGAGAACAAAUUGUUCAAGCAUUAAAUACCCUAUUGCAUCCUGAGGGAUGUUUUAAUAACCUUGAUGGUGAUUUUGAUGGAAUGGGUUCUGGAUCAAUGUUGAAUGAUUUCAAUUAUCGUUUAAAUUCAGAACGUGAAAAUAAUUUUGACUCGGCAACUUCGUUGAAUAACGAAUACACCAAUGAAGGAGAUAUGAAUUCAUCGUUAGAUUCUUUGGAUAACGAUCAAGAAUUCCAACUACAGGAAUAUUUUAAUGAUUUUUACAAAUUAAUUGCACCGAUCCUGUUUGCACCUCUGAUAGAGAAAAAUGGUAGCACCAACGAAGCCCAUGACGAAAAAGGACAAUAUGAUGAUUUUUUACUGAUUCAAUUGGUCAAAUUAAUAUCAUUCAUUAGCACUGAGCAUACACGUAUUACUUCUCGGAAAUUUAUAUUGGAAUCGGAUGUUCUAAAACAGGUGUGUCGAUUAAUUAAACCAGGUCAUAUCUUACAAUUACGUUUAACAGCAGUAAGAUGUAUUAAGAAUAUUAUUUGUCUGGAUGAUAAAUAUUAUCAUAGAUAUCUAAUGACUAAUAAUCUUUAUGAUAAUAUAUUUGUAUUGAUGGAAGAAAAUAAGAAAAAGGACAAUUUAACAAAUUCAUGCAUUCAAGAUUUCUUCAAAAUUGUUUCAAGCAAAUGUAUUGCAUCUAACAUGGAUAAAAGUAGUAUAGAGGAACUACGUCAACAAACUGGUAUAACUGUUAGCAAGAAGAAUAAUUUUUCUAUGUUAAAUAAAUAUCUUGUUAAUAGAUUUGGAGAUAAAUUUGCAGAACUCCUAGAUAUUCCUUCUGUUGGUGUUAUGGUUAGUUUGUGUGAAGCUGAAAAAAUGGAAACCGCAAAGAAAAGUAAGACUUUAACUGAUCAUAUCCUAUCAAAAGUAGACACAAUAAUAGAAGAGGAAGAAGAUAUUCCCAUGGCUGUCUCUCAUGCAUCGCCUAUUGAUCAUAAUGAAACAUCUGAAAUAAGAAAAAGGUUACGUGGCGAUAUUGAUCUAAUAGAUUCUACGACAACUCAUGAAGCAGGGAUUAACCUUCAGGAUGAACUUCCUUCAAAGCGCCAAAACUGA